UACGAUGAAGUCAUUGGAUUUGAUGAAGUUCAUUUUUCCAAGCCAUGUGAACGCAGCUCAUUCUACCAUGUGACUGACAUCAGCUGAUCAGUUGGCGGAACCAAAUGAAAACAUGGUGGUUUUACUGAGCAGGUUACCUGUCACAGAUUGUCUUAAACUUUGUCACAGGUUGGUGGAUGGACUGUGUGGGCGGGAGUCUCCUCGCAGGGGGGAUUACAACGCCACCUGGAGCCUGGAGGAGUGGCUGGAGCUACUCAACUCCCUGACAGCCCUCUUCCACCUGGCAGUGGGGAACAAUAGCUCUGAUGAAGAGGUGCUGGCCGAGCUGUCAGAUGUGGGUAGCAGCCAUGCAGAGGCUGUGUUGAGUGUGCUGAGAGGCAGACAGGAGGAGAUCUGCCGCGCUCUGUUGGACAGAACCAACUCCAUCUCCUCUGCUACUCUGCAAGACUUUGACUGGCAGCUUAAGUUAGCUCUGUCCAGUGAUAAGAUGUCAUCUCUCCACACUCCUCUGCUCAGUCUCAGUCUGGAUGUGAAAGAGAACAGAGCCCUCCGGUCUGUCACCAUGGAGAUGAACAGAGAGGAGUUAAACACGCUCAUCAGUUCACUAGAGGCUGCUAUUAAGGUGGUGCUGCAGUUGAAAUGAUGACCAGUGAUGCCAUUUAAGCCCACGACUACAGGAAUUUCAGUGGAUGGAUAUCAUGUUGUCAGAAAGUGUAAACAAGAUUUUCUGCCAUGAUUUUGUGUUGAGACACAAUGACAGUUUUUCAGAUGUAAUGAUGAUUUGAUGAGUUCUGUUCUUUUUGUAAUUCAGUAGUGUAUAUGAGCAGUUGAACACUCUCACUUUGUUAUCUUUUUGUAUCAUGAACAUGUUGAAGUAAAGGUUUUUUUGCUCUUGGA